AUGCAAGAGAAUUUCGGAGAGCCGCCACGAGUACUGCGACGGCGCGACCUUUGCCAAAUCCUCUGGAACAGACUACCUGGUCCGCGCAAUGUCAUUUGCGACAAAAAUAUCUGCGAAGUGAAGGAAACAGCAGACGGCGUCACAGCAAUUUGCUCUGACGGAAGUUCUUACGAAGCCGACAUUAUCAUCGGCGCUGAUGGGGUCCACAGCACAGUUCGCAACCACAUAAACCGAUCGAACAACCGCCAGGUCGAGGGCAAGAAGCAGGAAGACCGGGAUUUCUUCGAUGCAUAUUAUAUUUGUCUAUGGAUGCGCUUCUCCGCCGAUGGGCUUCGUGCCGGUUCGACGUUUGAAACACACGGCAACGGUGCUUCGACGCAGAUGUUCGUCAGCCCCCAUCACGCCGUGGCUGGUAUAUACGAAAAAUUGAGCGAGCCGAUAAGACAACGUCGCAACUUUACGGAUGAUGAUGAAGUAGCAUUACGUCUACCAAAAUUGCGAGCACUCCAAGCUUCUAUUUCCUGCCGGCCGAUGAGCAUGUUCACGGCAAAAUUCCAUGGUGCUCGAGUACUGCGAACGGGCGAUAGCUUGUUCUAA